AGGACGCCAAGUAGUCGGGUGUAAGGCCGGUAUGAUCUGUGAUGAAAAAAAAAUUGUGACUGAUAUUUAAGUUUGAACUCUAAGAAAAUACGUGACUUCCAUGAAUUCUUACUCGAAUUAUACGUGUAGAGAAGAUGACAGUUCUUUUGAAAGAGAAUGCAGUGGGCGAGCCUAGCAGCACUCCACCAAGAAAGAAACUUUGCCUUUCCCUGUCAGGAAGGACCAAGCUGGUUCGAGUGCCACAUAAUAAGGCAGCACAUGUGAACGAAAGUAGUUCGGAGAACGCUGCUGAAAACGAUUUCAAAGAUAAAUACCAAGAGUUGAACUUAUCUUCCUUGAAGUCCAAUUCAUCUUCAGGCUUUGGAGGCAGUGAGAAGGCCUCAACUUCAUUGAAAAAGUUUGAAGAUAAUUCUUUGCAGUCUGGUACGGCCAUGCUCAACGGAUACUUGCCAGGAGAUGGUCACAACAAGAGUUCUACAGAUGAGAGUCCAGGCAGUGACACAGGGGUUGGCUGCUCUCCUGUAGCAACUCUCUGUAACCUUGGCAACACAUGUUUCUUGAAUAGUGUUAUCUACACCUUGCGAUUUGCCCCGGCUUUCCUGCACAAUUUGCAUCAUCUGGCAGCUGACUUGGGUGACCUGACUUCGAAACAGCAGCAAGUGAAAGUAAAGUCGUCAUCAUUGGGACGCAAUGUAACAAGCACCAGUAGUGGCAAGAGCUGGAGUAGCAAGGACCUGCUGUCUCUGGGUGGAUCAAUUGCCAACUCAGGUGACCCCCUGCAGUCCAAGUCGAGGAUACAGGUUGCUACUGAGCGACUUCACGACCUCUAUGAAUCACUGCAUGCUGCAGAGAUCAAAGAAAACAGUGAUCCUUUCCAGCCAGACAUAUUCCUCCAUGCUCUUAGGGAGGUGAAUCCAAUCUUUGAAGGCAAUCAGCAGCAUGAUGCGCACGAGUUGCUGGUGUGCCUGCUUGACACCAUCCGUGAGACAUGUCGCUUCCUGGCUGAGCAGCACAAGCUGGCCACUGAGCAGCACAUGGCGAGUAAUAAUGCAUUGUUGUGUGAUCCCCUGGAUAAGGCAGUGAGUCUCCACCAGACACCCUCAUCAAACAGCAGUAAGUGGGGUGUUCGCAAAUCUUGGAAACGGAAGAAAGUCUCAUCUUCUCAGAAGAAUGCUGCUAACAGUGGACUCCAGAAUGGCAUUGGUCCAGAACAUGCUUAUCUGAUGAAUGGGGGACUGGGCACACAUCAGUCUGUCACAGAUAUCACAGCCAACAGCAAGGCAGAGACACAGCAACCAGAGAAGAGUGCAGGGAAGAAAGGUGGGGUAGGGUAUAACUUUGUGGCCAAUGACUUUGAAGGUGUGACAGUCCUGCGCACAACAUGCUUGGAGUGUGAACACACAACGGAGCGAAAGGAGACCUUCUACGACAUAUGUGUUCCAAUCAUGACAGCAGAGCAGGACAGUGAUGAAGGGGACCUUCCUCAGCAUGUCAGUGAAGUGUAUCAAGCAGCAAUUGUGACAAGUGAGCAUUUACGAGACCUAAACAAAUACUGGUGUGAGCAGUGUCUACGCUACAAUGAGGCCCGGCGUUGUGUGCGCUAUGAGACUCUUCCGAAGUUACUGGUGCUUCAUUUGAAAAGGUUUUCGUCAACAUUUGGGUCUAUGGUUUGCAUGUCAAAAGUCAAUGACUACAUGCCAACACCUCUCACUCUUGCCUGUUUCUGUGAGCAAUGCUGCCCCAUUCCAGAAGAUCAGCGUCCUCAUCAUUACGAGCUGUUCGGCGUAAUAAUGCACCUGGGUGCCACCAUUGCUUCAGGUCAUUAUGUCGCAUAUGUGAAAGCCUCAGAAAAUGUAUGUGACUAUUACCAUUGUGAUCGAGAUAAGAGAAAGGCAUCAAGUCUAAGCAGUGCCAGCAGCGGGGGCAAGAGUGGGAGCAGCUCCUCAGGAGACAAGAUGGGAAGCAUCUUCAAGUUUUUUAGGCCCCGGUCCUCAAACAGCAGUAACUCAGAUAGUUCAAGCAAGCAGCACCAUGGCACAGGAAAUGGUGUAUAUUACAGGCACACGUGUAGGAGUAUGGAUUGCUGCGGCAUUAGGUUGAAUCGUUCUCUCAUGAACAGUGCAGAUUCCAUCAUGCAGAAAUCUCAGAUGAACGGUUUGGAUGUCGGUGUGUCUGUGGCUGUUGUCGAUACUUCAGUACCAGAACCUGUCUGGCUGGAAUGUGAUGAUGAAACCGUUCGACUGUUAACGAGGAAAGAAUUUGAAGAUGUUCUGGCUCCAAAACCUUCAAAAAAUUCUGCCCUAACACCAUACUUAUUGUUCUAUUCCAAGUGCCCCUGAUUUUUAGUGGAUUGAAUUAGUGACAUAGUGUACAAAUGUUGGUUUGAGACUGCAAUUGUCAUCAGAGAAGCAUGGUGCAACACAACCAGUGGAACUCCCCCCCCCAUUUUGAACAUUUAUCAGGUUUUUUUUUUGUGGGGUGUCUGCCCUGAAGUGGACCAGUUCCACUGUUUUUACUAGUAAAUUUUACUUAACAAUUCUGCUACAAUAAGGAGAUAGGUGUUGUACUUUUCGGUAUUUACAAGCGUGGAAAUGUGUACAGAAGAAGAAAUUACAAACUUAUUCCUAGAAUCAAGAACAUAUGUGACAUUUAUGAUGUAGGGUAUGUUCUCACACAAACCGCAGGUCUUUAUUUUUCCCGAUUUUUUGGAGCUCCUAACAUUCAGUAUUUCUCAUAAGACUCUGGGUCACCAGUUAUUCACAUGUUAUGAGGUCAGCAUUCCAUAGUGCAAAUGGUAUGGCCAAAGGAGUCGUAUAAUUGUCAGCCAUUUUAAUUUGUUUUAGCAAGUCACAUCUUUAUUGUUCUUGGGCAGAUGCCAUGAUAUGGCAUCCCAAGUUUGGCUUUUAUUACCAGUGUUUUCACCAGCAGAAGAACACAAUCUGCAAAAUAACUAUAAAAGUUUUAGAUACAGAAACAAAAGUCAUAACUAUCCAUGUAUAUCAGUGAUCUAAGAAUUUCUCCCUGAUAAAUUCUAUUAUGUGCUAAGAAUUGUAUAUUACAAGACAGAGCACUGUUCUAACUUCAGAACUGCCUGCUGGUAGUAUUAUUAUAAAGCUUCCUCUGGACUAGCUGGUUGUGAAUUGCUGCUGUAUUCUGUAAAUCCUAAAUUCUAGAUGAUAUGCAAAGAUGUGUCUUGCUUGCUGUUGAUAAGGAUUGGCAUUUCAUUUAUGUGAUUUUUUAUUUUAAUUGUUUUUGGAAGUUGGCAGCCAUGCAUGUAGCUAUAAAAAACAGGAGUUUAUCUAGUUCCUAGUGAUGCAGUUGAUUGAAUUGUUGCAUCAUGAUUUUUUGAAUGGCUGCAGUCAUCUCGAGUAAUAAAUAAGAAACACACUUU